UAGCAACAUAAAAAUCAACUCAGUAAAAGAUUGACAUAUUUCCUGUCAACUUUCAAUUUGAAUUUGGCAAAAAAAUGCAGAAUAAUCCAAAAAAGUUUGGACUUCUCUUGUGGACAGGUAAAAAACCGUAUACCUCGAGCGUUGUUCCAAUAGAAAAUAUUCGUUUUGAGAAGAAAGGUAAAAUUCGAGGAAAGUGGGACAAUGGACGUUGGUACCAAGCUCAACUAUUAUUUCUACAUGAUGACCAAGAAUUUCUAGCCUCUCUAGAAGUAUCUGAAGCUGGUACUAUAGGCUUAAUUGACACUGACGUUGUUCACAAAAAGUCGAAUGUAGCUGCUAGUGAAGGACCAGUCACAAUACCAGUUGAAACUCAAGCAACAGCUGAAGUAGAAGGCUCAAUUGAAGACUUAGUUGAAGCUCCAACACAACUUCAAGUGCAAGAUUUGACUGAAGCUCCAACUGAUGCUUCAAAAGAGGAUCUGAAUGCGGUUGUCACGAAAGAUCCAAUCAAGGCUUCAACUGAGGCUUUGAUGGAAGAUUCAAAUAAUUUAGUUGAAUUAUAUCCGGGAACGAAUGUUUUUAUUAAUUCUAUCCAACUGGAACAUCUUGUGAUUAAAUUAAAAAAUAAUCCCAAAGAAAUGACGAGACAAUUAUUAAUUAUAAUUAUUGGUAAAGAAACAUUAAAAAACUCAUCUUAUUCUGGUAAAGGAGGCUGGAGAAGAAUUCCAGAGAAUAUUUCAACUGCUAUAGAGCUUUACAUUGUCAACGAAAUGAAAAACCGUUUGAGCCAUAAGGAUUUCGUUGUAGUUAUCACAAAAUAUUGCAAUGACCUGAGAAAUUCAAGAGAUCAAAGAAAUUAA